AUGGCCGCGCUGCCCGGUGGGAACAUGGCGGGGGGCGGCCGGGGGGCGCGGGUGGUGGUGCUGGUGCUGCUGCUGCUCGGCGGCUGCCUGGGCCGGCGACCCCCGGCUGCAGCCGCUGCCGCGCCGCCUGCCGCCGUUGUCGUCCCCCCCUCGGCGGCGGCGGCAGAGGAGACGGUGAUCAUCGGCCUGCGGCUGGAGGACACGGACGACGUCUCCUUCAUGGAAGGGGGCGCGCUGCGGGUGAGCGAGCGGACGCGGGUGAAGCUGCGGGUCUACGGGCAGAACAUCAACAACGAGACCUGGUCGCGCAUCGCCUUCACGGAGCACGAGCGGCGGCGGGGCGGGCGGGCGGCGGCGGGGGCGGCGGGGCGCGGCGGCGGGGGCGGCGGCGGGGUGACGGGCGGCGGCGGCGCCCCGCAGCGCUGCGGCAUCCGCACCUCGGACAUCAUCAUCUUGCCGCACAUCGUGCUCAACCGCCGCACCUCGGGCAUCAUCGAGAUCGAGAUCAAGCCCCUGCGCAAGACGGAGAAGAGCAAGUCCUACUACCUGUGCACCUCCGUCUCGGCCCCCGCCGCCGCUGCCCUGGGGCCCGGGGCCGCCGGGGGGCUAUCGGGCGCCGAGGGGCCAGCCGGGCCCCCGCCCUGGGGCGAGACCACGUGGAUCUACCAUGAUGGUGAAGACACCAAGAUGAUCGUGGGUGAGGAGAAGAAGUUCCUGCUGCCCUUCUGGCUUCAAGUCAUCUUCAUCUCGCUCCUCCUCUGCCUCUCGGGCAUGUUCAGUGGCCUCAACCUGGGCCUCAUGGCCCUGGACCCCAUGGAACUGCGCAUUGUGCAGAAUUGUGGAACGGACAAAGAGAAGAACUAUGCCAAGCGCAUCGAGCCCGUGCGCCGCCAGGGCAACUACCUGCUCUGCUCCCUCCUGCUAGGCAAUGUCCUGGUCAACACCACGCUUACCAUUCUUUUGGACGACAUUGCCGGCUCUGGGCUGGUGGCCGUGGUGGUCUCCACCAUCGGUAUCGUCAUCUUCGGCGAGAUCGUGCCGCAGGCCAUUUGCUCUCGGCACGGUCUGGCCGUGGGCGCCAACACCAUCUUCCUCACCAAGUUUUUCAUGAUGAUGACCUUCCCGGCCUCCUAUCCCGUCAGCAAGCUGCUGGACUGUGUCCUGGGCCAGGAGAUCGGCACGGUCUAUAACCGUGAGAAGUUGCUGGAGAUGCUGCGUGUCACCGACCCUUAUAAUGAUCUAGUCAAGGAGGAGCUCAAUAUUAUCCAAGGAGCCCUGGAACUGCGCACAAAGACUGUGGAGGAUGUGAUGACUCCCCUCCGAGACUGCUUCAUGAUCACUGCUGAGGCUAUGCUCGACUUCAACACUAUGUCUGAGAUCAUGGAGAGCGGUUAUACCCGCAUCCCCGUUUUUGAGGGUGACCGCUCCAACAUUGUGGACCUGCUCUUUGUUAAGGACCUGGCUUUUGUGGACCCUGAUGACUGCACCCCACUUAAGACCAUCACUCGCUUCUACAACCAUCCGCUGCACUUCGUUUUCAACGACACCAAGCUCGAUGCCAUGUUGGAGGAAUUCAAGAAAGGCAAAUCUCACCUGGCUAUAGUACAAAGAGUAAACAAUGAAGGUGAAGGGGAUCCUUUUUAUGAAGUCCUGGGAAUUGUGACUUUAGAAGAUGUGAUUGAAGAAAUCAUCAAGUCUGAAAUUCUGGAUGAAACAGAUCUAUACACUGAUAACAAGACGAAAAAGAAAGUAGCUCAUCGGGACAGGAAGCAGGACUUCUCUGCCUUCAAGCAGACAGACAGCGAGAUGAAGGUUAAAAUAUCACCGCAGCUCCUCCUGGCAAUGCACCGGUUCCUGGCAACAGAAGUAGAAGCAUUUGGUCCAUCCCAGAUGUCAGAGAAGAUCCUUCUCAGGCUGCUAAAACAUCCCAAUGUCAUCCAGGAGCUGAAGUAUGACGAGAAGAACAAGAAAGCCCCAGAACACUACCUCUACCAGCGAAACAAGCCUGUCGACUACUUUGUUCUCAUUUUACAGGGGAAGGUGGAAGUGGAGGCUGGGAAAGAGGGGAUGAAGUUUGAAGCUGGUGCUUUUUCGUACUAUGGGGUGAUGGCCCUCACAGCAUCACCAGUUCCCUUGUCCCUGUCUCGUACCUUUGUUGUCAGCAGAACAGAGUUGUUAGCAGCAGGUUCUCCAGCUGAAAACAAGUCUCCACCUCGUCCCUGCGGCUUGAAUCACUCAGACUCUUUAAACCGAAGUGAUCGCAUCGAUGCUGUGACACCGACGUUAGGGAGCAGCAACAACCAGCUGAAUGCAUCGUUCCUGCAGGUGUACGUUCCAGACUACUCAGUGAAAGCACUCACAGACAUUCAGUUUGUCAAGAUCUCAAGACAGCAGUACCAAAAUGCCCUGAUGGCAUCCCGGAUGGACAAAACACCUCAGUCCUCGGACAGUGAAAACACUAAAAUCGAACUGACUCUUACGGAGCUGCAUGACGGUUUGCCUGACGAGACAGCGAACUUGCUGAACGAACAGAACUGUGUGACUCACAACAAGCCCAACCACAGUAUGCACAGUGAAGGAGCCAUCUAG